AUCGGAAGAUUUGGAGGAAGUAAAUUUAAGUUCAACGAAAUAAAAUAAACUACUGCCUUUUAAUAGCUGUGAUUUCGUCAAGUCGAAGUAAUUUAUAGAAAUACCUUUGAAAAACGCAUUCAGGCCUGACGGUUCGGCACGCUAUCGUUAAAUUAGUAUAGCAAAUCGAGCAAACAUUCCCAAUAGUUCAUCUUCAAGUGUUAGACGAGACACUCUAAGUAUGCUCUGUUUGCUGCAACUCGGGAUCCUUCUGUCGAUAUUGUCUUUGGGUCAAGGAAACUUUUUAUCUGGCUCAUUUAAUUUAACCCUAUACAGACAAAUGCCCGCCCUGCAUCAGCUGGAUGACUACGAUCUCUGCCUGGAUAGGUCUUCUGGUAACUACUGCCUGGUAUAUGUGGAGAUCGUACGCAAUGAAAGUUCUACUUUGUGGCACCAAAUCGACGAAGUUUCGCAGGACUCGAAGCAUCGUUUUCGACAUGAUCGCGUGUUUAGGGGUGUGUGUCUAGAGAACUGCAAGCAAAGUCUGAUAAACAUAUCUCAGUCGGAAGAGUACGACAGAAGUAAAUUUCUGGACAAGGAACUGAUCUCCUACUACGACAAGGUUCACCAACGACCAUCGGAUGCGGAUAAGCGCCUCCUCAACGAAGAAUUGGUUAACAGCUGCCUGAAUCUAAAGUUCGCUGAGGAGUUUUCGCUUCAGACUCGCAGCCUCAUCGAAUAUUGUGUGCAAGCGGAUGAGCACUUGGAGCAUGAUGGGCUCGAUUUGACCUUUUAUGUUCUUCUGAUCUGCGUACUCCUGCUGACUUUGUGUUCCUCAAUCUACGACUGCCGACUCAGCAAGACAAAUUCGGACCAGACAGAGAAUUUCUAUAGGAAGGCACCAAAUUGUCGCAGACAGCAGCUCCUCACCUCCUUCUCAAUAGUCCGUAAUUACUAUCGACUAACUGAGCCCCAUGGCACGGAUUUCUCGCGCGAUGUGAGCUUCUUUGACGGGUUCCGAGUGAUCGGCGUAUUCGUGGUAAUCAUGGGACAUACGCUAAUGGUCUUCAUGACAGUCCCAAUAGAAAAUCCUGAGUUUUACGAACAGUAUCUCUUCAGGAUCGAGACAUCGCUAUUUCAGAACGGCAGCCUUGUCAUCCAGAUAUUUUUCGUAAUGAGUGGCUUUUUGCUCUACGUUAAUUUCACCGAACGCCAAUUGAUUCACCCGGAGACAGGGACCCUUGAUUGCAUUCGCGUGUACUUCCGUGUGUUUUUUUACAGAUACUUUAGACUCCUGCCCUCGCUCGUCGCCCUCAUACUCUUUAAUGGAACUCUGCUGGUGCGCCUCCAAAACGGACCUUUUUGGCGGCAUCUGACAGAGGCUGAGCGUUUUUUUUGCCGAAGAAACUGGUGGAAGAAUGUAUUCUUUGUGACCAACCACAUGUUGGAGGACAGUUGUUCCCAUCAAACCUGGUACUUGGGUGCGGACAUGCAACUCUUUGAGCUCUUUCUGAUCGUAAUUGUUAUAAGCAAGAAGCAUCCCAAGCUAACGAGGCCCAUCUAUAUAACUCUUUUAGUGCUUGCCUUCGCAGUACCUUCUAUAUUGACUUACGUUCUUGAGUUGGAUGCUGUCUAUCACCUUCGUCCGGAAACCUAUCGCUACUUGUACUUCCGGCAUUCGGACACAUUUUACCAGAUGUAUCCGCCAUUCUACACGAAUUUGGGAGGAUACCUGUUCGGGUUUCUGUGCGGUCAUUAUUACCUAAAGAAGCGACCCCAAGGAUUAGUGCUCCGGGGACAUCUAAAGUUCGAGCUGACCUUAUGGCUCCUUGUGCCGGCCACGUUGGGAGUCCUUUUCUCGGGCUACAUCUUCAUCCACCAGGACUUUCCGAAGCCAUCCCUUUGGCUAGCCUUGUAUGCGGGUGUUCACAAGAUUUUGUGGUUGCUGAUAUGCGCGGGAUUCGUGAGCCUCAUGUGCUGCAAGGUGGGAGGAAUUGCCUAUGAGUUUUGCACCUUACCGAUUUUUCGACCACUGGCAAGAAUCUCAUUUCAGUCCUUCCUCUGGCACAUUGUCAUCCUGAGAAUAGUGGCGGGAUAUUUUAGGCAGCCGGUCUACGUGUCCACCUUUUACCUACUGUCCAAUGUUUUAUGUGUGUUUAUGCUUACGCAAUUUGUGGCUGCUUUCGUGGCAAUUGUACUGGAAUAUCCACUUGGAGAGGUACUGCGCUGCUUGACAAUGCCGAAGAAAGGUCGUGAAGAAAGCCAUCCGGAAAUUCAAAUGAGUCGCGGGCCAUCAGCUGUUUAGCGUAACCGUACUUCGCGACAGGGAUGCAGUACAUCAACGCAUUAGGCGAAUACCAGCAAUGAUUGCUGCCAACUUUUUUGGCUAUUUCUAAGCGCCUUUCACCAAGCUAUUGUUAUUAAAUAAAAUAUAUGUUGUUUUA